AUGUGUCCAGCUGUGUUUUUUGGGGGGGGUCACACACACCUCCCCGCGGCCCAUGACGUCACGCCGGCGGGGCUGGCGCGCGGCCAGGNCCCCGCUCCCGGCAGCGCCGAUUCGGGCUGCAGCUCCUGCGGGACCCCGCUCUACGACCAGGGAGGGCCCGUGGAGAUCCUGCCGUUCCUGUACUUGGGAAGCGCCUAUCACGCCUCCCGCAAGGACAUGCUGGACGCUUUGGGGAUCACGGCGCUCAUCAAUGUCUCGGCCAACUGCCCCAACCACUUCGAAGGGCACUACCAGUAUAAAAGCAUCCCCGUGGAGGACAACCACAAGGCAGAUAUCAGCUCCUGGUUCAACGAGGCGAUCGAUUUCAUCGACUCUGUGAAGAACGAGGGAGGAAGGGUCUUUGUGCACUGCCAGGCUGGCAUUUCCCGCUCAGCCACCAUCUGCCUUGCUUAUCUCAUGAGGACCAACAGAGUCAAGCUGGACGAAGCCUUCGAGUUUGUCAAGCAGAGGAGAAGCAUCAUCUCCCCAAAUUUCAGCUUCAUGGGGCAGCUGCUGCAGUUUGAGUCGCAGGUCCUCGCUCCCAACUGCUCAGCAGAAGCCGGGAGCCCCGCGAUGUCGGUGUUGGACAGAGGGGCAUCGACCACCACGGUCUUCAACUUCCCCGUCUCCAUCCCAGUUCACACCACGUCCAGUGCUUUAAACUACCUUCAGAGCCCCAUCACUACUUCCCCGAGCUGCUGAGAAAGCAGGUGAAGAAGGUGGCCAGGACUCAGACUUGCUGUCUCAGAAGUGCAAUAACUACAGGGACAGUGUCACUUGUGUUUCGUGGGGAGUCAUUUGGUGUCGUAGAUGGAGAGGAGCUCACCCAAUGCCAGAGAAACCAGGUGUUUCUGACUUCUCGAGCAAAUGUCUGGAUGUCUACACAGAGAUCAAAGGACACUGGCUCUUCCUGAGCUGUCCCUCCUUGUCUUCUGUCUGUCCUAAGCCUGCUCCAUGUUUAGUAGCAUGCUCACCAGUAUUCCCAUUCCUGGACACUUUGAGCAACACUGAUGCUGUCCCCUUUUAUAUGACAGUCCUAUUUAUUUAUUUUUACAUUAGUACAUUGUUGUUGGGUUUUUGUUUGGUUGUUGUUUGUUUGUUGGGUUUUUUUUUUGCCUUCACAAACGUAAAGUUUCAUUUCUAGAGAAACCAAAUACCUCAGUAUUUUUUGGUACUAUAAUCCUGUGUGUGUAUAUCUGUCAGCUCUUCUUGUUUCCCAAGCACUGACAUGAAAGCACCAGGCGAGUGCUUUUUUUUGAGUUGCCAAGGGUUGUAUGUUUGCUGAUUUAUUUAUGAUGUGAAAUAAUAUAUUUCUUCUUAUGAAGACAUAGUUUUGUUACAUGAUUAUAACUUUUUUUUAUACAAAUGGAAUAAAUUAUGAUAUUUCUAUUCA